AUGGAAUUUGAAGUGGAGGCGAACAAACAAUUAUUGUGGGAGUACACGCCGUUCAAUGUAUCCAACUUCACGGAGACUUACUCUAACCCGUUCGAUGAAUUACGGGCAGGGAAAGAUCUUGUACGCCAACUUGCUUGGUUAAUCGGUGUUCUGUACGCCGUUGUGUUUCUCGUCGGAACUUUGGGUAACGCUUUGAUAGCCAUCACGGUGGCUUGCCACAAAUCUAUGCAGAAUGUGACGAAUUAUUUCAUCGCGAACCUCGCAGUUUCUGAUUUUAUUAUGUGUAUUUUCUGUAUACCUUGGACGGUGGUUAAUAGUUUAAUGAACAACUGGAUAUUUGGAGACGUCAUGUGUAGACUUGUACCCACCAUACAAGCUAUUUCUGUGUUUGUGUCCAUAACAUCCCACGUCGUUAUAGCCAGCGAUCGAUGCUGUUUGAUAAUGUUUCCGUUGAAACCACGGCUGACCCGGGCCACAUGUGCCGUUAUCAUUGCUUUAUCGUGGAUCUCUGCUACAACACUCGCAAUUCCUGUAACAUACUUCAGCAGAGAGUACGACCUGCGUAAUUACGGCUAUCAUGUCGUUUGCUACGAGAUGUGGCCACAAGAAGUACCCAAGAAAAUAUAUGAGAUUAUUUUAUUACUACUUGGUUAUUUAAUCCCUUUAAUUGUGAUUAUUAUACUGUAUGGCAGAGUCUCUUAUAUAAUAACGAGCCGUGUUCUACCGGGGGUUUUCACCGAGGCACAGGAACGACAAGACUUAAAAAAGAAACAGAAAACCAACAGACUGUUGAUUGCAGUUGUUAUGACUUUUGCGAUAUGUUGGUUUCCAAUGUACACGAUUCGCGUCAUCACUGAGAUCAAUCCAAAGAUAAUUAGCGGCGAAUACUAUGAUUUAGUAUUCAUUAUAUGUCACUGGUUUGCCAUGAGUUCAACCGUUUACAACCCUUUUGUUUACGCCUGGCUGCAUGAAAAAUAUCGUAGGCGGUUGAAAUCAGUAUUCGUAGCAAAAUGCUUGCGGCGUUCCUCAAUCUAUCGCCAGCACAUCAAAGAUGGAGCGACAGCACAUUCACAGGCUCGCGAAUACGUCACAAUUCCCCCUAAAUCUACACGAUUUAGUUCCUUGCAAAAUUUUAAAGGAGUUGACGCAGUGUAA